CCACCAUAUUUUCAUUCCCAACCACCUUGACCAAACUUAAUGUUGUUCUUCAGCCACCACUGGUUCAGUCAGUCCAACUUUGAAGUUUGAUCUUCUUCAUCCAUCAGUGGAGGCUGCGUGAACAAGACGUGGCGGCUAAUAACAACUUAUUCUUCUUUAUAUUGCAAUCUGGUUAUAACCUUAAUUUGAAGUUCUUUUCAACCUAUUUUCAUGGCUUCUCAAACUUCUAACCAAGACAAGGUGGGAGCACUUCGUGAAGAGGUGGAGAAUCUAAGGAAAGAAAAUGAAGAUCUUCGAUUGAUGUUUCAAGCAAUAAGCAAUAGGUACAACAUCCUACGAGCCCAUUUGCAGGAAUUGAAUCUUUCAUACCAAACAAAAGGAAACGGUAGCUUAACUCAGCAUGUUGAUUUAUACAAUGACUCCUUCAAGAGACCAAGAACCGAGUUUUCCAUGGCUAAAUCUUCGCAAAUCUUUGUCAAGACAGACCCUAAGGACAAGAGCCUAGUAAUUAACUCAUUCGCUGCUGCUUCUGUUUUUGUCCCAACUAUUGCUUGUUCUGUUCAGGUUCUUACAUAAGAUCAUGGAUGACUUAGUAUUUUAAUAUUUUAUGAUGAUGUUAGAUUGUUAGAGACGGCUUUCAAUGGAGAAAAUAUGGGCAGAAAGUUACCAAAGACAACACUUCUCCUCGAGCUUAUUACAGAUGUUCCAUGUCUCCUGGAUGUCCUGUUAAAAAGAAGGUUCAGAGAUCCAUGGAGGAUAAGUCUCUUCUGGUUGCAACCUAUGAAGGAGAACACAACCAUGGUGUUGAGCGUUCACUGGGAAAAUCUUUGUCAUGUCCUGUAAUGAAUAAUCCAUUCCAAUCAGCAAGUGUAAAGGGAAUCGCCAUUGAUCUUAAUCAGUCAGGGGCUGAUGUGGAAAUGAGUAGAAACAGCGAUAAGACAGGAAUGGAGGGCUUUGUUUCAUCCCUAGCAAAAGACCCCAACUUCACCUUAGCCUUAGCUGCUGCAGUUGCAAGAUCCAUGACUGAACAAUCUACACUACCAAUGCUGUGAACUGAACAAGAUCUGUAACUAAGAAAAGUCAUAGUUUCUGUUGCUAUGGGGGAAAAAUUCCCAAAAACCAAGUGGGAACAAAAUUUCAUCCUGCUAAUAUCAUUUUAAUAUAUAUAGAUGUUUGUUCUACGUUUUCAUUCCUAUAACUGAAGAAUUUACAUAAGAAAUAAAUAAAACUACA